AAGGUGAUAAGGCAGCUGGCUGUUGUAGGCGGGUGGGCGGGCACCCAUCUUGACAUCAUCCGCAAGUCCCAGCAUGCACCUGCCUGCCCGGCCAGUUCCAGUAUUAUUUCUAUUUAUCUCAGCUCACUUAUUCCGCUUCACAAAACUCCACACUUACUUGGAACACCACCAACCCUGACUUAACACUAUGCUUUGAGAGAACCGUACUGGUGUGGGUUCCAUGCGGGUACCUGUGGCUGCUGGCACCCAUUGAAGUGGCCAAUCUCCGUAACAGUGUAGACAGAUUGGUGCCAUGGAGCAUCUUGAACAUCUCCAAGCUGGUUACCACAAUGGCACUGCUUGUCCUUCAGUGUGUCAAUCUGUUUUAUGCCGUCCACCAAAACAGCAUUGGAGAGAAUGUUCCAAGUGUGGAUUACGUCACUCCUGUUAUUAUUUUCCUUUCAUUGAUUCUGGAAAUGGUAUUCAUGCUACUGAACAAGAAGAGAGGAUUGCAGACAUCUGGCCAUCUUUUCAUAUUCUGGUUCCUCCUGAUGGUGUGUGGCAUUCCAGAAUUCCGGACACUUAUUAUGCAGCACAGUGCGGAAGAUGAAGCAUAUGAUGAGAUGCGCUUCAUCACCUACAUGAUAUAUUUCCCACUCAUAUGUAUCAUGUGGUUCAUCCACUGUUUCGGUGAAGCCACCCCGCAGUACAUCUUCUUCCCCCGUGGUGAGAAACCAAAUCCUGAGACAAGUGCUUCCUUCCUGAGCCGCAUCACCUUUGCCUGGUUGGAUCCACUCAUCUGGAAGGGAUACAGGAACCCCCUAGUGCAGGAGGACAUGUGGAACUUGCAGUAUGAGAACGCCACUAACACCAUCGUGGGCAGAUGGGAUAAAAACUGGAAGAGGACUGUUCGCAAGGCAGAAAAGAAGCGUGAUUCUCAUGCCAACGGUGAGCCUUUCAACAAUGCAGUCCACACAGAGACAGGAGGGAAGGCCAAAAAGCCACUGUCCAUCCUGCCCACCAUGGUCAGCACAUUUGGCCUGCCCUUCCUCUUUGGUGCUGUCCUCAAGCUUCUCCAUGACACACUGCAGUUUGUCAGUCCACAGGUCCUCAAAAUGCUGAUUAGUUUUACUGAAUCAGAUGAGGAAGAUGCACCUCAAUGGCAAGGCUACUUCUAUGCAGUAGUGAUGUUGGUCGCUGCCCAGACUCAGUCAUUUAUCCUAGCUCAGUACUUCAAGAAGAUGUAUCUCAUAGGCCUCCAGGUGCGCUCCGGCAUUAUUUCUGCAGUGUACCGCAAGGCUUUGCUUAUCUCCAGCUCAUCCAAAAAGGAAUCAACAGUGGGAGAGAUUGUCAACUUGAUGUCUGUGGAUGCUCAGCGCUUCAUGGAUCUCAUGGCUUAUAUCAACAUGCUGUGGUCAGCACCCUUCCAGAUUGCUCUGGCCCUUUAUUUCCUGUGGGAACAUCUAGGUCCAUCUGUGCUGGCUGGGGUUGGGGUGAUGGUAGUGCUGAUCCCUGUCAAUGGCUUCAUUGCUAACAGGACCAAGAUUCUCCAGAUCAGUCAGAUGAAGAGCAAAGACAAGCGUGUCAAACUCAUGAAUGAAAUCCUCAAUGGCAUCAAGGUGCUGAAGCUGUAUGCAUGGGAACCCUCAUUUGAGGAGCAAGUAUUGGGAGUGAGAGACCAGGAGAUUAAAGUGUUGAAGAAGGCUGCUUACCUUAAUGCCGGUACUUCCUUCAUUUGGACCUGCACCCCAUUCUUGGUGACCUUAGUCAUGUUUUCUACCUAUUUGUUGUCAAGCCCUGAACACAUCCUUACAUCAGAGAAGAUCUUCACAUCGUUGUCUCUCCUGAAUAUUCUGCGCAUGCCCAUGACAAUGUUGCCUUUCCUUAUUGUGGCAUCAGUUCAGGCAAAUGUUUCCCUGAAAAGACUCAACAAAUUCCUCAACCUGGGUGAGCUAGACCCCAACAGUGUCAGCCACGACAGCAGAACAGAGCAUCCACUGGUGAUAGAGAAUGGUACCUUCUCAUGGGGCCACAGUGACGGGGAUGAGAAACCGGUGCUGAGAGGCGUCAACAUGACAGUGGAGAAAGGCUCCCUGGUAGCGGUGGUGGGAGCCGUUGGCGCUGGUAAAUCCUCACUCUGCUCAGCUAUCCUUGGUGAAAUGGAGAAGCAAAGUGGCAGAGUUAAUGUCAAGGGGAGUGUGGCAUAUGUAGCACAGCAGGCCUGGAUCCAAAACAACACCGUGGAGAACAACAUCCUCUUCAGUCAGAUUAAGAAUGAUGAUUUCUACAACAAAUGCAUACAGAGUUGUGCUCUCUCCUCAGACCUGGAAAUUCUUCCAGGAGGAGAUCAAACUGAAAUAGGAGAGAAGGGGAUCAACCUGAGUGGAGGCCAGAAGCAGAGAGUCAGUUUGGCACGAGCUCUUUAUUCUGAUGCAGACAUCUUCCUGCUGGAUGAUCCCUUGAGUGCUGUAGACUCUCAUGUCGGGAAGCACAUCUUUGAUCAUGUGAUUGGCCCUUCAGGGAUGCUCAAGCACAAGACACGUAUCUUGGUGACCCAUGGCAUCACGUACUUACCCAAGGCGGACAAGAUUGUGGUGCUUAAGAAUGGAGAAAUAUCAGAGCAGGGUACAUAUGCACAGCUGGUGGAGAAUAAGGGAGAAUUCAAUGAGUUCUUGCUUCAGUAUCUUGCUCAGGAGGAAGAUGACGACCUUGAGGAUGAUCUGAAUGAGUUAGAAAAUAUUAAACAGAACUUGGAAAACAAGAUUGGUCGUGAAGCUUUCCAACGUCAGAUCUCCCGGAAGAAGCAAGAAUCAGAGUCGGAAAGCAUCGAGGGUGACAGAGGCAGACACAACACAGGUGAAAAACCUAAGAGGGAGAGCUUGAAGAGACCCAAGAAAAUCAGUGAAUCAGAGAAGACAAAGGCUCCACCAGCUGCCGGCGCAGUAGAAAAGAAAGCUGGCGAAAAACUCAUUCAGGCAGAAAAGGCAGAGACUGGUAGAGUCAACCUCAACGUAUAUCUUUAUUAUAUUCGCUCCAUUGGCAUCACUGCCACACUGAUCACCACGCUGUCCUACGUAUUGUCACAAGGCUGCAGUGUGGGUGCCAACGUGUGGCUUGCUGCCCUGUCUGAGGAGAAUUACACUGAUGGCGUGAUGGACGACCAUGACCGUGACUUGUACUUAGGAGUGUACACAGCUCUUGGAAUUGGGCAAGCAUUGUUCAUCAUGAUCGGGGCCAUGGUGAUUGCGGGGGCCACUGUGCAUGCCUCAGUUAUCCUGCACAAGAUGCUGCUCAGGAAUGUGUUUCGCAGUCCCAUGGCUUUCUUUGACGUGACACCAAUUGGUCGCAUUGUCAAUCGCUUCGCCAAAGACAUAGACACUGUUGAUGUAAUGCUGCCAACCAAUUUCAGGGCAUGGCUAGGAUGUCUCAUAUCGGUGGUGGCAACGUUUGCAGUGAUCAUUGGUGUCACUGUUGAAUUCACUUUGGUAAUGAUACCAACAAUGAUCAUCUAUUAUUUUGUCCAAGUACUGUAUGUGUCCACUUCAAGACAGCUAAAGCGCAUAGAGUCAGUGACCCGCUCUCCCAUCUACUCCCACUUCCAGGAGAGCAUCCAAGGGGCGCCCACCAUUCGGGCGUUCACCAAGGAGCAUGUGUUCAUCACGGAGUCAGAGAGGAGGGUGGACAACAACAUGGUCAGCUCCAUCCCAAGCAUCAUGUCCAACAGGUGGUUGGCAGUAAGGCUGGAGUUCAUAGGCAAUAUCAUGACAUUCUCAGCUGCCAUGUUCUCUGUAGCUAGACGAGGGAACAUUGAAGGAGGGGAAGUUGGUCUCUCAAUCAGCUAUGCUCUCUCAGUUACACAGACUCUGAACUGGUUGGUGAGAAUGACAUCUGAUGUUGAAACCAACAUUGUGUCUGUGGAACGCAUCAAGGAAUACACAGAGACUCCUCAAGAAGCUCUCUGGGACAUACCAAACAAAAAACCAUCAAAGGACUGGCCACAGGAAGGCGUAGUAAAGUUCAACGACUAUGCCACCAGAUAUCGUGAAGGCCUGGAUCUGGUUAUCAAGGACAUCAAUAUUAAUAUUAAAGCAGGAGAAAAGAUUGGAAUUGUGGGAAGGACAGGAGCUGGAAAGUCCUCCAUGACACUGGGUUUGUUCCGCAUCAUUGAAGCUGCUGGUGGAAACAUUACUAUAGACAAUGUCAACAUUGGUGAGAUUGGCCUGCAUGACCUGCGCAGCAAACUCACUAUCAUCCCUCAGGAUCCUGUGCUAUUCAGUGGGUCACUGCGAAUGAAUCUGGAUCCCUUCAACCUGUACAGUGAUGCAGAGGUGUGGUCUGCUCUAGAGCUGGCCCACCUGAAGGAGUUUGUGUCCUCUCUCUCUACUGGCCUCCAACAUGAAGUCUCAGAAGGAGGAGACAACCUCAGUGUGGGCCAGAGACAGCUUGUGUGUCUGGCCAGGGCAUUACUACGCAAGACUCGAGUGUUGGUCCUGGACGAGGCCACGGCUGCUGUCGACCUGGAGACUGACGACCUCAUCCAGCAGACCAUUCGCCAGGAGUUCAUGGACUGCACAGUUUUGACCAUUGCCCAUCGUCUCAACACUAUCAUGGACUACUCCAGAGUCCUGGUGCUGGAUCGAGGUAUGGUGAAAGAGUUUGACUCCCCAUCUUCAUUAGUUCAAGACAAAUCUUCAAUAUUCUAUGGCAUGGCCAAAGAUGCUGGACUUGCAUAAGGGUGGUGAGGAUGUAACUGAUAUUCUAAUGUGCAAGGACAAAUGGCAUUUUAUGAAUCAUUGUACUUACAAAGUUCCUGAUUUGCAAGAAUAGUUUAUUGAGUGUUAGGCGAGCAAAUACAGUGAUCUCUGCAUCAAUACUUCACUGAGAUGCCAACAAGUACUUAUUACUGAGCAACCUUAUGAUGACUGAAGAAUGUUUGAGAAUGAGUAAUUGGUUCCAGAUGACUUCCAUAAUCAAUUAAAUUCUUCUGAAAAUUGUGGAAAUGCAUGCCCACACACGCUCAGUGGUCGUCAUCACCACCAUUAUGUACUCCCAUCAACAAUGAGGAGAAGGAUAACAAAGAUAAAGAUGAAGCUUGGAAUGAAAAGAAAAAAAGAGCAUUGUAGAAAUCUGGGUGAAUAACUACUGGGAAGAGGUCAAAGGAAAUUGUUCCCUAUCCUUCCUAGGUCUUUAGAUGGUCCUAUGUGCUUCUUUUCAGUACAAAAGAUUGGAAAUAUGCAAAGGAUAUUUGAGUAACAGUGCAACAAUAACAUAGGGGUAACAUUUUUGUCUGAUGUGUAUGGGUGUGUAGUGCAAGCAGGAUAAAUAAUGGUGCUGGCACAGACAGUUACUAUUAGGCAGUGAAGAUGCAAUACUUGCAACACUUUAUGACAACAGUUUCUUCAGAAAAUUUAAUGUUAUGACAUCUCAGUGUUAUUAUGGCCACACAUCACUGGGAUCUCCUGUGUACUUAUGUGUAUUGCUGGUGGUGUGAAAGUGUGAAAGUGAACUUGUAAUGAUUGUUGUGAUUGUUUAGUGAAUGACAUUUUAGAUUAUGAGAAGGUCUCCUUAGGGUGUAGUGGCAAUGUGAGUGGUUGAGUGGUGUGCUUUAGGUAGGAUGUUUAUUAGAUUACAGGAGUUUCAUAAUUUAUUACAAAGAUUUUAGGUUUUAGUAAUUAUACAGCACAUUUAGAUUUUGAUAUUAACUUGUGCUCUAUUUAUAUCAAAUUAUUAUCUGUAUUUUCUUAUAUUUGUGUAGAAUGUAGAAUCUUUUUUAUGUCACAGUUGUGUAUGUAUUAUGCAAUAUUUCUGUAACUAUGUACCUUUCCAUCUGUUUCCAAGUUCACAGAGGUGGGAUGUCCAGGCUACAUAGAAGAAAGACUGUCACUUGGCCUUGAAAUUUCAAUAUAAAAAAUUAUUAUUCAAUGUUAGGAUAACAAUUAAAGAAGUUGGAUAUGUUGACAGUUAUCCAUCCCAUGAAACUACUAUCUCAGGUUCUCAGCUCACUCACUACCUAAUGGAGGAAAUCUUAUGUAACCUCUUAUACUAAAUAUGAAUAAAUAAUUAGAAUUUUU